GCAGUCUUAGUUCGGUGGUCUAGACUCAUCUAAAUUUUUUCUCUUUUCUCUCUUUUUCUUUAAUGUAGUUAUUUGUUUAUAUCUCCGUUUUUGAUUUUUUAUUUAAACUACAAUUUAAAUUGUUGAUCAAUUUACCAACAUGACAGAGUAUAAGCUAGUGGUUGUCGGUGCCGGUGGUGUUGGUAAAAGUGCUCUCACUAUACAAUUAAUUCAAAAUCAUUUUGUUGAUGAAUAUGAUCCAACCAUCGAAGAUUCCUAUCGUAAGCAAGUGGUUAUAGAUGGUGAAACAUGCCUUUUGGAUAUCUUGGACACUGCCGGACAAGAAGAGUACAGUGCCAUGAGAGAUCAAUAUAUGCGCACUGGGGAGGGGUUUUUGCUUGUAUUUGCCCUUAAUAAUGCGAAAUCAUUUGAAGACAUUUCAAUGUACAGAGAACAGAUUAAAAGAGUAAAAGAUGCAGACGAUGUACCGAUGGUAUUAGUUGGUAACAAAUGUGAUUUACAGACUCGAGCUGUUGACAUUUGGGGUGCUCAAGAGGUGGCCAAAAGCUAUGGAAUUCCAUUCGUUGAAACUUCUGCCAAAACUCGCCAAGGUGUUGAUGAUGCAUUCUAUACACUUGUUCGUGAAAUAAGGAAAGACCGAGAUAGAAAAGGAAAAGAUAAGAAAAAAGAAAAAAAAGGUUCUCGCAAAAAGAAGUGCUACAUUCUAUGAUUAUUUCAAAAAAAAACCUCUCUCACUCUCUCUCUCUCUCUCUCUCUCUCUCUCUUCUGUCUUUUCUACCCUUUUCUCUUUCUCUCUUUUUCAUUUAUCUCUCUAUUUUAUUUCUCUCUCUCUCUCUCUCUUUCUCUCUCUCUCUCUCUCUCUCUCUCUCUCUCUCUCUCUCUCUCUCUCUCUCUCUCACUCUUCCUUACUUUCUUUUAUUUCUCUCUCUCUCUCUCUCUAAUUUGACAAAACGAAACAAUCAUUUAGUGCAUCAGAUAAGUUUUUCUUUUUGAAUAAACAAUAAAGUCAAUUGGAGAUUUUUAAAUUAUUCAUAGAUGGAGCCAAAAAAAGUUCCAUAAAAAUUGAGAAAAUGUUGAUUGUAUUUCCAAUUAAAUUGAACAUUUCUCAUGGAUUCAUGUUACUAUUUAAUUCCAUUUGCUGUUAUCCUUGAUUCUGAUUAACACAAACACACAACUGAUAACCUUUGACAGUUAAAAGGAUGGAAACAAUUUGUUCAUCUUUCAUCCUAAAAACAAAUGAAACAAUUAAAAAGUUUACAAUUGAA